AUGGAACGGUAUGCUUCAUACAUAGGAUGUGAGACUUCUAAAGUGCCGUUAUCUGAUAUCGCUCAGAGGAUUAUGACAGCUUUGCAGUCUGUUCCUGUAGGAGAAGUUCAGACUAGCACAAAGAAUAACCAGAGUAUAGAGAAGACAAAGGAAAAUAAACUAGGUGAUAAGGAUGCACAUCUGAAAAAUGAGAAGGAGAUUCAUGAUUCCACAAUUGCCUUAUUAAAAACAUCUGCCAGCCCUGAAAAAAGUACUGCUGCUUGGAUAGUCAGGACAAUACAUACCGAUGAAAUGCUUUGCUGUCAGGAUACCAAAAUAGUGAGCUAUUACCAGGAUUUAGACUUUCCAACAUGGGGAUAUAGAGAAAGAAAUCUUUCAAUAGAAGCAAAAAACCUGAGCAAUGGUGAAAAGAAUAUAGCUACUCCCUUUAAAAGAAAGCAGGAUGUACCUACAUCUUGUUCAGAGAAAAGGAGAUUACUUGUAAAGACCUGCACUUCUUCAUGGGAAGGAAGAUACAACUGUACAUCUGGACAAACAGAGUCUUCUGAAAAUUAUCCCUGUGAUAUCAGGAAUUUGGGAUGUGAAGAAAAAAGAGAAUUGCUUGCAACUAUAGAACAGGCAGUGGCUUUUGUAACUACUAUGAUAUUUCAAGAUGGUUCUUCACAGCUCAGCUCAGAGCAGGCCUUAACUUCAUCAGUAAAAGGAGUUGUCGUGUUAGUGAAGAAUCAAACUGAUCACCCUUGCCCUCCCGGUUACUCUUCAACAGACUGUACUUGGAAUGCUGCUAAUGAAAAUGAUAAAUUAAUUUAUUUAAAAACUGAAUGGUCAUAUCUUUGGGAAGAAGAACAACAGGCUCACAAGAAAUUUGCUUGGCAAGUGUUGUUUCAAAUGCUACAUAGCAAAGUUCCAAUUAUUUGCUUCAACGCAAAAGAUUUCCUGAGGACCCUACUGCAAGUUUAUAGUAAUGAAAUUAGCUGGAAACAAGUUGAUGAUCGCGUCGUGUUAGAUCCAAGGAUUGCAGCCUGGCUGAUAAACCCCAGCGACACAGUUCCCUCCUUUGAAUGUUUAAUACGGAAAUAUUUUGAAAAGCCUUUUUCUGUGGGAACAGUAAAUACAGAUACAGGUGCUUUGAGAAAUGCAGCAUAUCAAAACUUAGGUGUGAACUUGGAGAAGCUUUAUGAUGUAAUGAUGGACCUUGCUCGUGACUUACAGGUUCAAGGUUUGUGGAAAUUAUUUUGCACAUUAGAGCUUCCGCUUCUCAAAAUUCUGGCAGUGAUGGAAACACACAAAAUACAUGUGAACAAACAAGAACUGAAAAAAACAUCAGAGAUUCUGGGGUUGCGACUCAAAGAUCUUGAACAGGAAGCUCAUCAAGUUGCUGGAGAACGAUUUCUUUUGACCAGCAGUAGUCAGCUCAGAGAGGUACUAUUUGAAAAGUUAAAACUGCAUACACUGUGUGAGAAAGUUCACAGAACUGAAAUGCAACAACUUGUGUCCACCUCAGAAGUUGUG